GUACAUGAAGGCAGCACACACUAACCCGUGGUCCUCAUUCAUCAUGAGCUGUUUGCUUUUCAAGCUAGCCUUUAGCUUCACGCGUUAACCAGUUAUAUGUGUAAUUAAUUGGUCUUAACGUUACCCGCUCAUUUAUUUAGCCGUUCAUUUAUCUGAUGAUUAGUUUGAACUUGAACGACACUUUCCUGCUUGGAGUACUGGGGACUAACGUAACGUCUCGUGUUAUGGAAGAUACACGGAGGUCAGAUGAGCGGUGGGCUGUCAACAGUAAUGUCAACAAUAACGUCCACUUUGACAGCUGUUUGUUGAUAUUUCAGCACUGAUCAAUUUAAAAGUGAACCAUGCCUGGGAAACUGAAGGCCAAAAUUGUGGCAGGGCGCCACUUGCCUGUGAUGGACAGAGCCAGUGACCUUACUGAUGCUUUUGUAGAGGUUAAGUUUGGAAACACAACUUUCAAAACCGAUGUCUUUCCCAAAUCCCUCAAUCCACAGUGGAACUCAGAAUGGUUCAAAUUCGAGGUUGAUGAUGAGGAUUUGCAGGAUGAGCCAUUGCAGGUCACAGUGUUGGACCACGACACUUACAGUGCUAACGAUGCCAUAGGGAAAGUUUACAUUGACAUUGACCCGCUGCUGUGCAGUGAGGCUGCCUCUGUCAUCUCUGGCUGGUUCCCCAUCUAUGAUACUAUCCAUGGUAUCCGAGGGGAGAUAAAUGUCCUCGUCAAAGUGGAGCUUUUCAAUGAUUUGAACCGCUUCAGACAGUCCUCCUGCGGGGUCAAGUUCUUCUGCACCACAUCCAUUCCACGGUGCUACAAGGCAGCCAUGGUUCACGGCUUUGUGGAGGAACUUGUAGUGAAUGAAGAUCCAGAGUAUCAGUGGAUCGACCGUAUAAGAACUCCACGGGCCUCCAAUGAGGCCCGUCAGAGGCUCAUCUCUCUUAUGUCUGGAGAAUUGCAGAGGAAAAUAGGGCUUAAGGUACUGGAGAUGGGCGGGAAUGCAGUGGUGGGCUAUCUACAGUGUUUUGACCUGGAGGGAGAGUCGGGCCUGGUGGUCCGGGCCAUAGGUACUGCCUGCACACUGGACAAACUCAGCUCUGGAAGCGCCCCCAACUCCAACACACAUAUGCACCCUAACACAGCCCCACCUUCCAAUGCCUGCAAUUCCCCUUCUAAGGAUGGAAAGGACCCGGUAUUUGGUGAGGACCUGACCUCGUCUUCCGGCCCGCCAACCCCUUUCAGAGCCCUCCCCACCACCUCCUCCUCUCCUCCCCCUUUCUCUCCCUCCAAGCCAUGCAGCCGCCAGUCCUCAUCAUCAGACACUGACCUCAGUUUGACUCCCAAGACGGAGGAGCCAGUGAGACGCAGGCCUGGGAUCUUCCUCUGCCCCAGCUCCCCCACCCUCGACACAGACAUUCUGUCCCUUCCUGGUUCUGGCUCAGUGGGCUGUGGUUACAGCUCUGCCCCCAGAGCCACCACCCCGCCCCCUCCCUCCACCAUCCACUCAGACACUGUCUUGCUGAGAAAGAGCGUGUCCUUCACCGAGGACCUGCUGCUGGCAGCCUCCGGAAUGGGCAGUGGGGGCAGCGCCGGGAAGGAGGCAGGGCCCUUGAAGACUCUGCUCAGACAGCAGACGCAGACGGCUCUCGAGCAGAGGGAGUUCCCCUUCUUCACCUUGACGUCUUUCCCACCUGGUUUUCUGGUUCAUGUCGGUGGAGUGGUCAGCGCUCGCUCUGUCAAACUACUGGACCGUAUACACAACCCUGAUGAGCCAGAGACUCGCGACGCCUGGUGGGAGGAGAUUCGCCAGGAGAUCAAAUCUCAUGCCAAAGCCCUUGGUUGCCAUGCUGUGGUGGGGUACAGCGAGAGCACUAGCAUCUGUGAGGAGGUGUGUAUCCUGUCAGCAUCAGGCACAGCAGCCAUUCUGAAUCCUCGGUUUAUGCGUGAAGGCUGCCUAGACAUCGUAAUCACCGACCACAGGUUUGAGGAGCCGUCUCCCCCGAGCUGCGGCUUCUGCCACAUCCCAUAUGAUGAGCUCAACAUGCCCUUUCCUGCCCAGCUCACCUACUGUUACCAAUGCAGACGACAAAAGGUUCCUGAUGUGCUGUUCACAACAAUCGACCUGCCAGCAGAAGCAGCUGUCACAGGGAAGGGCUGUCUUAUCCAGGCCAGACUGUGUCGUCUUAAAAAGAAGGCCCAGGGUGAAGUGAAUGCGACUGCCAUCUCCAACCUGCUGCCGUUCAUGGAGUACGAGCUGCACACUCAGCUGAUGAACAAGCUGAAGCUGCGGAGUAUGAACGCUCUGUUUGGCUUACACAUACAGAUCAGUGUCGGAGAGAACAUGCUUCUGGGUCUGGCCUCUGCUACAGGAGUGUACCUGACAGCCCUGCCGGCACCAGGGGCCAUCCAGAUUGCGGGGAAGACUCCUGGUGACCUGAGCAAUGAGCACCACAUCCUCACCAUCCAGAAAAGGAUUAAUGACACCAUUGCCAAGAACAAGGAGCUCUAUCAAAUAAACCCUCCGAAAUUAUUUGCCCUGGACCCUGAGGUGUUCUGCGGCAUAAACAUGGAGAUGACAGAGGAAGUGGUUGGUUCUCCGAUUCCUGAGCCGAGGCAACGAUCCAGACUUUUCCGCUCCCACUCGGAAAGCUCAGACGAACAGUCAGAACUGGACCUCUCCCACGGCAAGAAGGAUGCAUUUGUCCUGGAGAUUGAUGACACUGAUGCUGUGGAGGACAUCCACUCCCUCCUCACUGAUGCUCCUACCCCCACAGGUUUCUACAGCUGCAACACUGAGAUCAUGCCUGGGAUUUACAACUGGACUUCGGGAGUUCAGAUGUUUACAUCAGUGAGGGUCUUUAGGUUGAGUAAUGCCAAUCUUACUAACCAAGGCUUGAACAAGAUCUUCACUGACCUAUGUGAGAAUCUGCUAAAGAGUUUUUACUUCAAGUUGCGCUCUAUGAUCCCCUGCUGUCUGUGUAAGCUCAACUUCACUGUAGCAGUGCCAGAAGAAGAACUCAUACAGGUCGCAGUGACAGCCGUUGCCAUGACGUUUGACAAAGACCAGAAUCAGGAGAAGCCAGCAGAUAAGCCUGCUACCAAAGGAGGUGAGACUGAGGAGCAGCUGCAGUUUCCCAUGGAGUUAUGUGCUGAAUCGUCAUCCGCCAACGCUCAGCAGUCAUCCAAAAUCUCAGGUGUCCCAGAGAGCACCAAUGUCUCAUCCAGAGCUGCCUCCGUUGAUUACGGUUCCUUUGCAGACAGAUGCAGCACCUGGCUAGAGCUGCUUAGGCUGAAAGCUCACACCAUAAGACGAGGAUCAGUUAAGACAAGUAGGAGGACACAGUCUCUAGCACACUCCGUCUCAUCUUUGGAGCGCUGCAGUCCACUGCCUGAGGGACGCUCCCGCUCGCUGCGCUCCAACCGCUCGUUCGGGAGCAGUUCAGUCACCGUGGUGAAGAUGACGCCGCUCUCCUUCCUCCCUGGAACACGCAUCAUUAAAUACCUUGGGAUCAUCAACAUGUUUUUUAUAAGAGAGACAACAUCGUUACGGGAGGAAGGUGGAGUCAGUGGCUUCCUCCAUUCAUUCAUAGCAGAGGUGUUUGCGAUGGUUCGAGCCCAUGUAGCAGCCCUGGGUGGCAAUGCAGUGGUGUCCUACAGCAUGAAAGAGUGUAUGUUGAUGGAAAAUCCAAACAAGAACCAGGCUCAGUGCCUCAUUAAUGUGAGUGGUGAUGCCGUCAUCUGUGUCAGGGAAACGGACCAAGAGCCCACCUCCUCAACCACAAAUAUCGGACAGAUCUGCGCAAGUGGAACUGAUGGGGCCUACAUGACAGUGAAACACGGAGCCUCACUUUGUUUGCAGGACACACAAUCUGAGUGAAAACGCUCUCAGAGUCUAGCCGUCCAAAUAUGAAUCAUUUAUGUCUGCCUUAAAACUCUGUAAAAGAUCCAAAGGUUUGGACACAGGUAAUAAAGAACAAGUACCCACACACACUCAAAAACAUGCAGUGUGGAUUGAUAUGGGAGUGCAGAGUGUUUCUCUGUGUUUUUCUAUGUUGAGCAUGAGAGCAUUUGUGCAGGAGAUACUAGUGUAGCUCUUUGGGAAUUUAGUCAUCUGAUUGUUUCAAAGCAACAGCCAAAGGACCUCUCUGCAUCUAACUUUUGCCUGUUUAUUACUUCCGUCCAGCUACAGUAUGUUGGCCAUUCCUUUGUGCAUGGGCACAAGUGACGCGUUAGGCAGCUAUGACUAAUUUGUCCAUCCACAGCUCACAGGAAGAGUCAUUAAAUAGUCAUGCGAAAAGGGACACAGUUGUAUACUAUCAGAUCUGUUCAUUUCAGAGCAGACACAUAAUGACUGACAAACAAGGCAAGUAUUUAAACAAAGUUGGUGCUCUUCCUCAAAAUAGAAAAUGCUCACUGGAAUGGAAAUUUUGAAGAGAAAAACCUGGUGAUGCCAUUUUGCUAUAAUUAUCUACUCGUUCAUUGGUGUCCAGUUUUAAUGUCUAAAUUAGGUAUUUUGUAUUGAUUUUGUUGGUAGAUAAUCUUGCUCAUUUCUGUCACAGUAUUGCUCACAGGCAGUAUCCUACAGAUAAUCACAUUUCUUCAGAAAGUGUCAAAUAAUGAUGUCAUCUACAAUAAAAAAUAACAGGCCAAGUGUUAUGGCAAAUGCACGUAUUUUUGUAGGCCAAGAUUUUUCCUUUUAGAACAGCAGUUCCCGUGUAUUCCAGUGACCUAUUUUAUAAAUUAAAACUAUUAGAAUUUAUUUCUUCAUAUUGAAAUGGUCAAAUCAAAAGAGCAUAAUGCGUAUGUCUUUUAUUCACUUACAUCAGGAGUGAGAGGGCAAAUGGUUAUGGGAAUAAUGUCGCCCUUUGGGGUCUAGCAGCAGGGAUGGUUCAUAAAGUCUUUGAGAUUAUUUGUAAUGAAUGAAACCUUCAGCUGUGUGUCUGCAGCAACUCUUCCUUCACUUGCAGCUCUAGGAUCAGUUCCUCUUCUUGAUGCUUCUUGGUGUUCAUGUAAGAUUUCACAUACCUUUGUCAAGCUUCAUCGCUUUUGCUUUGGCACUCAUGUUCUGAAUAUAAUCCUGAUCUGUCCAUCUUCGACUUUUAUGUCCAAUGCUGAAAAAAAAGCAUCUUAUCUUGUAGGUGCCACCUGAAGAUAAACUGUAAAUGUUCUCUAAAAUCAGAUUUUAGUAUUUUUGUAACAUAAAUGUAUGAAAACCUACAACUCAUUUUACCUGUGCAAUGAAUUCCUGAUGUUUUGACUCAUUGUAUCAGAGAAUAAUGGUACUCUAAUCUGUUUAUGUUCAGCUUCAUAUAUCUGUGUCUAAAACUUGAAUGUACAUACUUAGAUGCUUUUGCCUUCUGACUAGCAGCAUGCAGGCCCACUUUUUAUUGCCAUUAAUCGGUAUGCUCACCUGGUAAGUCUUGCACAAUAAACUCAGUCAAACCAA